AUGGGACGUGUAUUAUAAAAAACUGCUAUUUCUACUAAUAUUAAAGAAAGAUUGGACUUUUCAUGUGCUUUGUUUUCAAAUAUAGGGGAUUUAGUGGCCAAUGCACCACAUUUACCUGUACAUUUAGGCUCUAUGGGUGAAUCUGUGAAGUAUUAAAUAUAAAAUAACCCAAAUUGGAAAGGUCAAGAGGUCAUAAUGACAAAUCAUACAAACUUUGGAGGCUCUCAUUUGCCUGAUAUUACUGUCAUAACACCUGUUUUUACCGAAUAGAGUCUCCAACCAGCUUUUUUUGUAGCUUCAAGAGGCCAUCAUGCUGAUGUAGGUGGUAUUACGCCUGGAAGUAUGCCUCCUUUUUCUAAAAAACUAACUGAUGAAGGUCUCGCAGUAAAAACAAUGAAGAUAGUUGACUAGGAAGGAAUUUUCAAAGAAACUGAAAUCCGAACUUUAUUGUAAGAAAAUAACUGUAGACUCAUAGAAGACAAUAUAUCGGAUUUAAAAGCCCAAAUAUCUGCAAAUAAUAAAGGGAAAUGCUUACUUUUAGACUUAAUAAAUGAAUACUCAUUAGCUUAUGUAUAAAAAUACAUGAUUUUUAUAUAGGAAUAUGCAGAAACUUGUGUAAAAAACAUGCUUAAAAAAAGUCUUUUGCCCGAAAAAGUUCAAGAAAUAGAAUAUAUGGACGAUGGUACCCCUAUAUGUCUAGAAAUGACUAUAGAUAAAAAGACCGGGAAAGCCCAUUUUGAUUUUUCAAAUACUGGCUUAGAGGUAUUUUCGAAUACAAAUACACCAUAUUCAGUUUGUAUUUCGGCUAUUAUUUAUUGCCUUAGAAGCCUUGUGGAUGAAGAAAUUCCAUUAAAUUAGGGAUGUUUGAAAGGUAUUUCUAUAUAUAUUCCAAAAAACUCGAUUUUAAACCCGUCAGAAGAUGCAGCGUGCGUAGGGGGGAAUGUGUUAACUUCUUAGAGAAUCACAGAUUUGAUUUUGAAGGCUUUUAAGGCUUAGGCGGCAUCUUAUGGAUGUAUGAAUAAUUUUACUUUUGGAAACGAAAAAAUGUCUUAUUAUGAGACUAUAGGUGGCGGAGCGGGAGCCGGAAACGGGUGGAAUGGAUAAGAUGCGGUUUAAUGUCAUAUGACGAAUACUAGAAUUACUGAUAUAGAGAUUUUAGAGAGGAGAUAUCCGGUUAUUCUUUGGAAAUUUUAAGUAAGAGAAGAUAGUGGAGGUUAAGGGAAGUUUAAAGGGGGGUGUGGAAUUGUGAGAGAGUUUUAAUUUUUAGAAAAUAAUAUUGUUUGUAGUAUUUUGAGUGAAAGGAGAGUUUUUGCACCAUUCGGGUUAGAAGGGGGAGGAGAGGGGAAAAAAGGAUUGAAUUUGUAUAUUUAGAAUGAUAGAAAAAUAGUUAAUUUAGGAGGAAAAAAUACUGUAGUAGUUUAAAAAGGAGAUAGGAUUAUUAUUAUGACACCAGGAGGGGGUGGAUUUGGGAAAAAUUAAGAAGGGGAAAAUCAGGAAAAAUAAGGGUUUUAAAAAAUAAUGAUAGAUAAAGAGUUUGGAAGUUUGCUUAAUUAUUAGAGACUAUAGGAAAGUGCAUGA